UUUCGUGGUAGUGUUUAUGUAUACGGAAUUACGAACGCAAUAACGAAAACGCUUGGACGCAUAGUAGAGAGGAACGCCACAGGGGUCCGGGAUCAGACUAUAACUACUGUCCGACGUCUGUCCUUCCGCCCGCCGACCAUCGUAUAACAUACACACUCGGCGCGUCCUACUCACCGAGGACCGCGGUACUCGUCUCGUCAUUCGUCGACUGCGGAUACCAUUGCUGUUUAUCGCCGCGGACCAACGGAUUUUUGUUCUGCGUCGUCUCCUUCAGUAUGAGAGAAAGAUUACCGGUAACGAUUCACAUUGCAGUUCGCUUGUCCAUUAUUAUUAAUAUUUCGUCUAUCCGUCCGACUGUGAACGGUUUUCGAUCUCCGUUUGGCCGAUCUCGAACAGAGUCGGCUCUUCUGUUUCGGUGUUGUCCGGGACUGUGCAUUUUUCACUCGAUUAAUACACGUCGUCUGCGAUUGCCACACAGCAUCUCGACACGGAGAGGUCAUUGCAUUGUCCAGCCGGCGUCCAUGUUGUGCGUUCGUUAAUACGAUCGGCAGUGGUUCGUUUUUACAAAGAUUAAGAAGCGUAUUAUAAAAUAAUGUAAUUAAAAGGAAUAAUCAUUUUUACAAAUCGUACAAGAAAAAAACCGGCAUUUACAAUGAAUGAAAAAGAUGACAUAUGAACGAGGUCUACUACAUGUACCUACUUGUUAUUCCAUUAACACUUAAAUGGAAGUCAGUAUGUAGUAUGGUCGUGAAUUUGGAUGAACCGCCUUUUCUUGCUGUUGGAACAGAAGUAAGUGCCAAAUACAAAGGGGCAUUUUGUGAAGCCAAAAUAAGAAAAAUAUCAAAAACAGUAAAAUGCAAAGUUCAAUAUUCUAAUGGGAUAUCAACAUUUGUUACGGAUGAUGCAGUAAAAGGACAAUUAAAGGUGGGGGCUACUGUUGACAUAAAAUGUAGUGAUAAAAAAGAAUUAGUUAGAGCAACAAUUCAAAAGAUUCAAGAUUGUAGUCAAUACACUGUUGUAUUUGAUGAUGGUGACAUAACAUGUUUAAAGAGAACCGCAUUGUGUCUUAAAAGUGGAAGACAUUUUGCGGCUAGUGCUACUCUGGAUCAACUUCCACUAACACACCCUGAACAUAUUGGGGUUACACCUGUAAGAACCACUAUUGUGCAAGGUCGUAGAAGUCGAAAACAUAAAAAAAGUUCUGGGGAAAGUGGUGAAGAAGAAUCUUCAGCAAUGGAGGAAAAAGAUAUUGGAAAAGUAGUUUGUGUAGAAGCUAAUGACAAAAAGAAAGUAAGGGACAAUUGGUUUCCUGGUUUGAUAGUUGCACCCACUUCACAAUCCUCAGUCAAAACUAAUAUUGCAGAAGACUACCUAGUUCGUUCAUUUAAGGAUGGAAAAUACUAUACAGUACCGAAAAAAGAAAUUACUGAAUUUACAAAAGAAAUUGGCGCUAGAGUAGAAAAUCCUACACUUAAAACUGCUGUCGAAAAAGCCCUAUUCUUUCUUGAUAAAGAUGAACUUCCACCCCACUGGGAUAGAGAUUUGUUGUUUGGAGUGGAUAAAAUUUGUAUUGCUACAGAUAGUGAAGCAUUUGAUAGUGAUAAUUCUGAGGAAGAAUCAAUUGAAGAAAAAGAUCAUUUUGUUGCACAGCUAUUUAAAUUUAUGGAUGACCGAGGAACUCCUCUUAAUCAAGCCCCAGUGAUUAAUGACAAAGAUGUUGAUUUAUAUAAACUUUUUAAGGUAUUUGAUAAAUUAAUGUCAUGCAAUAGAAAUAAUAUGCUGUAUACAAGAUAGGAUUGGGAGAGUUGUAGUACCUUAAUUGUAAC